AUGGAUCAUUUUCUUGACUACAUUAAUGGAAGCUUUCCAUCACCAACAGCUCUCAUAACUGGUAAAAAUCCAUUUGGUCUGGCUGUCAGCGAUUUCAAUGGAGACAACUAUGCAGAUAUUGCUGUCGGUCAGAUUGGCAAUGGCAAUGUAGGUAUUUCACUUGGCCUUGAUGAUGGUACUUUUCGUUCACAAAAUUCUAUUGCAAUUGACUUCGGUCUAUCUUCGGUUUCUGUCGAAGAUUUAAACGGUGUUCAAUUUCUUGACUUUUUGGUGCCCAACAAUGUUGCUAAUGCUGUCAGUGUUCUUCUUGAUUAUGACAAUGGUACUUUUGCGUCCCCAAAAUCGUUUUCUACAGUCGCAAGUCCAUUCACAACCGUUGUAGCUGAUUUUAAUCACGAUAAUCACUUUAGACUUCGCUGUCACCAACUAUCGCAGUGA